UCCCCCCAGGAAGUUGACAUCUACACGGUCAAGGUGGAGGAGCUGACCUUCACGGCGCCCUUCUGCCUGCAGGUGAAGCGCAACGAUUACGUCCACGCCCUGGUCGCCUACUUCAACAUCGAGUUCACGCGCUGCCACAAGCGCACCGGCUUCUCCACCAGCCCCGAGUCGCCGUACACGCACUGGAAGCAGACGGUGUUCUACAUGGAGGAAUACCUGACGGUGAAGAGCGGGGAGGAGAUUUUCGGCACCAUCACCAUGAAACCCAACGCCAAAAACAACCGCGACCUGGAUUUCACCAUCGACCUGGACUUCAAGGGGCAGCUCUGCGAACUCUCCUGCUCCACCGACUACCGCAUGCGUUAGGGACCCCAAAAACGCCCCAAACCACCCCAAAACCGCCCCCAAAACCCCCAAAAAACCCCAAAAUCACCCCAAAAAACCCCCCAAAAACCCCAGAAUUGGGGGCACCAAAAUCCCCGAUUUUCGCCUCCAAAAAUCCCC